CUUCUGAACACCUAGGUAUGCCACAGGUACACAUGAAUUUGACAUGGAGCACUGUAGUCUUUUGAAGUGAUGCAUUUACUUGUCGACAAGAAAGGAUCAUAUUCUAUGCCGGUGACUGGCUGUGGCCUUCAUUGUGGAGCUUUAACAGCUUGGAUGACUAAAAAUAAGAUUUUACCUCAUUCUGAUUUAUUCUGUUCAGCAAGCAAAAGACAGGAAGAGAACAGGAGGUGCAAAAAAGUAUAAAGACGUCUGUUCUUGAGCAGAGUUUUACAGUAUGUCACAGAUUAACAGACAGAGUGGCAGGACUAGGUGUGUAACGGAUGGAGAUGUGCCUCCAAUUCUGAAAGAAGAGCAGGAGGAUGAGAAUUACAUACCAAAUAAGUGUGACGCCUCACUUCAUUCUGAAGAAAACCCACCCUUUCAGAGUGCUGCUAAAACAACACACACAAACCUUCUUUUGCUAGAGCGUCAGAGUCCUCAGCCAACCCAGAACAGACCAUCUGUGCUCUGUUCCACCUCUCUGCUAUCUCUUGAACACACCGGUUUUUCUAAGCUCUCACCUAAAAAGUGUGAGUCAGCAGUAAAAAGUGGCAGAAAGGAGAGUUCUGUCAGUUCUAGUCAAGCACAAACUGAUCAGCACAAAACCCCCAGCACUCACAUGAACAGCCUUAUCCAGUCAAAUGUGAUAAGUUCUCUGUUUGUCAACGGACGAUGUCGCUGGCCUGAUUGUGAUGAAGCCUUCAAAGAGUAUCCUGUUUUCCUGAAACACCUGAACAACAGACACAGCUGGGGAGAAAAAACAAUCGCACAGUGGAGAGUGCAGGAAGAAAGAGUGCGCCAAAUGGAGAGUCAGCUUGUUCAGGAAAGACAGACACUCCAUGCCAUGCAGCUCCAUCUAAGACUGACUGUACACCCAAGAGCAGCUCUAGGCUGGUGGAGUCCGCUGGCACUGCCUGCACCCCCGUCUGAGGAGCCAGAUGGAAAUGUAGAGUGGGCCAUCAAUGCCACAGGGGGCCACGAAUACUGGCCCACAGCCACCCCCCACCUACUGACAGAUUUUGUCAACAGUAUGGAAUGCUACAAAUAUGUCAAUAUCAGACCUCCGUAUACUUAUGCUUUUCUUAUUAGAUGUUCAAUACUGGAGGCACCCGAUAAGCAAAGGGCUCUGAAUGAGAUCUACAGCUGGUUCAUUCAAAGGUUCUUUUACUUCCGUCACAACACUCCCACAUGGAAGAACGCAGUCCGUCACAACCUCAGCCUCCAUAAGUGCUUCGUGCGGGUGGAUGGAGGAAAAGGCGCUGUAUGGACUGUGGAUGAGAAGGAGUUUCAGAAGAGAAAGGGCCAAAGGUUUAACAGGGAUUCUUUGAAAUGGAUGACUCAUUUCUCUCAUCCCCCCAAAGUGCCCUAAGCUUUCCUGAAUGAUCGACUGAGAAGCUGUUUCACACAAUGUUGUUGGAAGGUGAAUAGUUCUUUAAUUCUUCAUCUGUUUUAGUGCAACAGACUGAUCAUCUAAAGUCAAGUCUGUUUCUGUCAACUAGAAAUGGUGAUAUUUUCACUGAUAAUAUCUUGAACAUAGUGAAAUGUAUUUCUUAUUAUAAAACUAUAAUUACCCAAAUAUAUGACUAUUAAAUCAAUUUCUAUGCAGUUUGUUACUAAUUUUUAGCUUGAAAUAGUCUUGUUCUACAGGCACAUACAUUUUCUAAUUUUAAGCAUUUAUUUGUAGAAAGAAACAAACUUAUCUGCCAAGAGAAUAAGAACAUUUAAAGCUUAAAUUUUGUACUUUAAUAUUAGCUAAAUAUCUCAUAUUCAAGAUAUUUUCACUUGCUAAGAUGUCUUUUUUUUUGCAGUGUAUUUUUAUACUUUGUGGUGUAAGGUUAUUUACUAUCGUUAUUUACUAUAUUACUAUAUAAUUUACUUACUCUUAUUUUAACAAUGUUUAUUAUGGGUGAAUCUUUGAAGAAGAGACAUUCUCCUAAAGCCAUACAUUUCUAAUUUUGUGAUGUAAUACUAAGAAUUUUCAAUAUUUAUUUGUCAUCAUUGCAUUAUGUUUAAAUACUGACAUUAAAAUGUAGAUUGUUCUAA